UCUGGCACAAGGAAAAGCACUCAGGAGAGGACAGAAUGGGCAAAAGAGGACACUAGCUCAAGGGCAGGAAGUCUCUGCUUCGUUGAACUAGCCACAACGUCAUCCAACAACAACAAGGAAACGGAGACCAGGAGCAGAUUAGUCAUGGGGGAUGUAGAAACUGACCUCACGCGGUAUGUUUUAAAUGCCACGCAAGAGCAGAGUUUUCCAAGAUCGAAGGUACUGCUGGGUGGGUCUCAAGAAAUGAACUCUGGCAGUCCCUUUCAGAAUUCUGCUCAGGAAAAUAUCAGCCAGCCAGCCGUGUUUCCACAAUCAAAUAUGGAUGCCGUCCAGGCUAAAAGCUCGGAUUCCCGCUUGUCGCAGUGCAGCAUCCCUGUUUGGGAGACCCUUACAGGAAGAGGCAUCAUGGAAGAACCUGACCUGACACUAGUAAGCUCUAACGACAUCAGCGCUGCAGAAUCCGAGCUUAUACCCGGUGAUCAUUUUGAAGUUAGUGACUGUCCCCAGAAGUGGAUGAAUUUCCCACGCAGCUGGAAUAUCCGCCAGUAA